AUGCCAUCUGGGUGGUUCUUCCCGGGGUUGGGAGCCCAUCACCCUGCUCCCACAGAGCCAGAGGCCAAAGAGGAGAGCAUAAUGAUGGACCUUUUCGAAACGGGCUCCUAUUUCUUCUACCUGGACGGAGAGAAUGGAGCCCUCCAGCAGCUGGAGAUGGCCGAGGGCUCCCCUCUGUACCCGAGCAGCGAUGGUACCCUGUCCCCCUGCCAGGACCAAAUGCCCCCCGAAGCCGGGAGCGACAGCAGCGGCGAGGAGCACGUUUUGGCGCCCCCAGGCCUUCAGCCCCCUCACUGCCCGGGCCAGUGCCUCAUCUGGGCCUGUAAGACUUGCAAGAGGAAAUCGGCCCCGACAGACCGGCGCAAGGCCGCCACCCUGCGCGAGAGGCGACGCCUGAAGAAGAUCAAUGAGGCCUUCGAAGCUCUGAAGCGCAGGACGGUGGCCAACCCCAACCAGAGGCUGCCCAAGGUGGAGAUCCUGCGGAGCGCCAUCACUUACAUCGAGCGGCUGCAGGACCUCCUGCACCGGCUGGAUCAGCAGGAGAAGAUGCAGGAGCUGGGGGCAGACCCCUUCACUUACAGCCCUAAGCAAGCAAAUCUCCCCAGUUCCGAUUUCCUGAGCACCUGCAGCUCUGAAUGGGAAAAUGUUUCUGAUCAUUCCAGGGCCCUAGUCAUAAAUCCCAGAGAAGUCGGAGGGCCUGUAAUCGAAUCAUCUGCUUCCAGUAGCCUCCGGUGCCUUUCUUCCAUAGUGGACAGUAUUUCCUCGGAAGACCCUAAGCUUAUCAGCGUGGAGGAGGCGGUGGAGAAAUAAGGAACUACUUUGCUGGUUCUGGAGGGAUCUUCGCUUCCCUUGGAAGAUUAUUUCCUGCUCCAUACCCACCCCAACCCCAUUCCUAACUUUUAGAUUAGGUUACAUUGCAUUAAUAUUUAAGAAACCAUGCCCAGGAUUUUCUAAAAGGUGGAAACAAAGUGAUAUGUUCUCCAAAAAAAAUCCCCUAAACGGUUGUGUACAUUCAGACGGAAAACCCUCUGCCUUUGGUCUCCUGAAUCUCUCCUGGCAUAGACCAUCCUUUGGCCUUUUCAUUUUUUUAUUUUAAUUUAUCAGAUUGACUUUUGUCGUGACAAUGCCUAUCAUGACCAGCUCCAGAGAAGUUCAUUCCUGUCUGAAACCAAGUGGGAAAGUUGUGAUUUAAUGUUAGUUUUAUUUAAUGUGUAUUUCGUGUUUGGGUUUUCUUUUUGUAAAUACUUUUAGUACUUUCUCUUUUUUAUGUAAACGUCAGAGAUGUAUUUAAGAUGGGAAAUGCAGUAUUGUAUAUAAGUGGUUCGAGGAUGCAAGUAUUGUACAAAUAAAAGAUCUUUCUAUAUUCUCAAAAGCCUUUGGAGUGGCAGAGAAUUGGCAAGGGUAUUUCAAUUCUUUUCAAUAGAUAUUGAGGUUUGAAGGUUUUUCCAAGUUGUACUUAUGGGCAGAGACCAGAGACGGGAGACUUUAUUUUCUUAAUUCAAAAACUAGCCUCUCCAUUCAACAAUUUUACCCCAGCAGAAAAGAAGAGUGUGUGGAGGGAGUUCAGAAUGAGGAGCUGGACAAGGGGGACAACCAGGUAAUAUUCUGAUAAUUUGUCUGAAUCAUCUGAAUACCAUCAUCCCUCCUCUCCAUUUAUUCCUUUGGUUUGCAUAAGAUUCUGUUUCUCCUUCCUUCUUCUGUGCUCCAAAUCAAAAGGAUAAAUGUGCUGUGUCUCAUUCCCACCCUCUCCUACCUCUUCCCCAUACUUUCUCCACCU